CGAAAAGCACGAGGGUGCCGCUCAUUCCUUCGGAAUAUGUAUAUUCUGUAUGCUGUCUUUAAUGAAGAUAUGAAUGCCUAUGUGUUCACUGGGGCGUACGGAAACGUCGCGUGGUAUUUUCUUUAAGUCUUUUUUUUCCACUUCGCGGUUUCAAAUAUCCCGUGUGGCAGAACUUUCAGGUUUCAAAGGGGAAACUGAAACGAUAUCUUGAAGUGUGUCUUUAACACAGUCGGAUCGUCAAACUCAAUCCACUUCCAAGCGGGACCUGCGCACUGAGUGUGUUUACCGAGUGUUACCGCAGAAGCGCACCUGGGAAGCUCUACCUGCCGCUCAAGAUCGGGAGAUCGGAAGAAUGCGUAAAAUCCAGAACAGGAAUUGGGAAUAAAGUGUGCAAAAAUGAUUUUGACAUGGGAGGAUCAAACAGCUGUUCCACUGUAAUCAUGUUGCACUUUACACAAAUGUGGGUGCCGUCUGUUUGCUUAUGAUUUAUUUUUCAGGAGAAUCCUGGCAAAAUGAAAAGCUGAAAAUUUGCUUCUUCUUCUUACUUUACUUCUUUUUUUCGAGCGAAAGGGAAGGAAAGCGUGACGGGCAAUAAAAUGAAACCAUUGUUGUUUUUGUUUCACGCGAUUUUCGGCCUCGUGUGGAAUAGCUGGGGACUUCUGGAUUGCGUCCACUGCGGAUUAGGGGACAAUCACGUCCACUCGAGUUUCAUUUACAGGAGGCUGCGCAACCACGAAAGAAGGGAGAUUCAAAGGGAGAUCCUGUCCAUUCUGGGUUUACCUCAUCGACCCCGUCCCUUUUCACCUGGCAAGCAGGCAUCCUCCGCGCCCCUUUUCAUGUUGGACCUCUAUAAUGCCAUGUCGAUCGAAGAAGAUGAUGGCAUUGCGCCCAGCACCGGCAAAGGAUCUUACGGCAAAGGUGGCUCGAGGAAAGGAUAUCACGCGGUGCCAAACGGCUACUCCCGUGGUGCCCAGCCAUACAGGGCAUCUCCGCUGGUCACCCAGACACCUCCGUUGGCGAGUUCGCAUGACACCAACUUUCUCAAUGACGCCGACAUGGUGAUGAGCUUCGUCAACUUAGUGGAGCGAGAUAAGGACUUCUCCCAUCAGAGACGGCACUACAAGGAGUUUCGUUUUGAUCUCACCCAGAUCCCAGACGGUGAAGCCGUAACAGCUGCCGAGUUUAGGAUUUACAAGGAUCGAAGCCAUGCCCGGUAUGAGAAUGACACUCUAAAGAUCAGCAUCUAUCAAGUCAUCCAGGAAUACCAGAACAAGGAUGCAGACACCUUCUUGUUAGACUUCAGGAAGAUAAAAGCAUCAGAUGGCGGCUGGCUAGUCUUCGAUAUCACUGCGACUAGCAACCACUGGGUCCUGAAUCCUCACCAGAAUAUGGGGCUUCAACUCUGCGUGGAGACAAUGGACGGUCGCAGCAUCAACAUCAAAUCAGCUGGCAUCAUUGGGAGAAACGGGCCUCAGUCGAAACAACCCUUCAUGGUGGCCUUCUUCAAAGCAAGUGAAGUUCUGCUUCGGUCGGUGAGGGCAGCAAAUAACAAACGAAAGAAUCAGAACAGAAGUAAAUCUGCUGGGAAUCAGGACUCAUCACGAGUGCCCAAUGCAGGAGAUUAUAACACCAGUGAACAGAAGCAGGCCUGUAAGAAGCACGAACUCUACGUCAGCUUCCGUGACCUCGGGUGGCAGGAUUGGAUUAUUGCUCCUGAGGGAUACGCGGCUUUCUAUUGUGACGGAGAAUGCUCGUUUCCUCUCAAUGCCCACAUGAAUGCUACAAAUCAUGCCAUCGUGCAAACCCUGGUCCACCUGAUGUUUCCAGGUAACGUGCCAAAGCCUUGCUGCGCUCCCACCAAACUCAAUGCCAUCUCGGUACUGUACUUUGACGACAGUUCAAACGUCAUCUUGAAGAAAUACAGAAACAUGGUGGUCCGCUCUUGUGGAUGUCAUUAACUGGACCUGAUGGGAGUUUUCUUUAUAAUGUUACAAAAUUCAUAUUUCUUAUCAUAAUUAAAAAAAAAAAAGAAAAGAAAAAACGAGAUUCUACUCGAAAGAUAUGAACGUAUGUAUAGUGUAAUGUAUAUAGCAGUUUCUUGGUUUUGUUAUUUAUUUUAUAUUUUAUUUAGAGGUUGAAAACGUUGAGCUUUAAAUCCACACAGUGUCCUACAGAUGAAAAAAAAAUAAGAUAAGAAACAGAUUGAACUAAGAGCUCACAGAAAUACGGCACCCAGAAAUAAAAUCAUAUUUUUUUAUGUGAUACUUACUCCAUGUUCUUGGUAGUGAUGGCUGAGAAAAUGUUUUUAUGUAGAAUGGACCUAACAGCAUUUCUGAUCGAAUCAGAGCCGGCAGUCACCAAUGCUGGACAACAGCAGAUGAAAUCAAAAUGUCCAUUAAAAAAACUCAAGUUCUCCACGCCUCGUAAUUCUUCUUAUUGUCACUUCAAUUAACUUCAGGCUCAGCAGAUGUCAAUUCUUCUUCUUCUUCCAGUCACUUCUGUUUGCUUCAGGCUCAGCAGAUACAGCUUCUUCUUCAUCUUCUUCUGCUUCUUCUUACUGUCACUUCAAUUAGCUUCAUGCUCAGCAGAUGUUGCUUCUUCUUCUCAUCAUCAUCAUCUUCUUCUUCUUCUUACUGUCACUUCAAUUAGCUUCAGGCUCAGCAGAUGUUGCUUCUUCUUCUUCUGCUCUUUCUUACUGUCACUUCAAUUAGCUUCAGGCUCAGCAGAUGUUGCUUCUUCUUCUUCUGCUUCUUCUUACUGUCACUUCAAUUAGCUUCAGGCUCAGCAGAUGUUACUAAUCUUCUUUUUCUCUCUACCGUGUCACCUUCUCAAUCAGUUUGCACAUACAGUUUGCCGUGAGAAACACAACAAGCCCUGAAAAGCUCAUCCACUGCCCCAGCAGUCUCCUCCUACCUUCUUGAACCUUCCUGGGCUUGGAAUGUGCAAUGUGAAUGUUUUCGGUAUUCAUGGAGUGCAGAGGUCAGCGUACCUGCGUGACAUUUCACAGUCAAUCAUCCAUCUGGCCCCGCCUAUCUUCAGGGUAAUAUGGUGGAUAUCAGAGUAUGGUUUGAAUCCAUAACCACCUGUUGUGUGUUGAUACCGUGGCAUCAUUUUGCGAUUCACAUAUGCGUGCUCAUCCACAUUGGGGCAUUGAUCUUUACGUGUGUGCCAGUUUGCAGGAAUGCAGCUUGCUUUAACAUUAUGUAACAAGACACAAGAAACAUCAUAAAGAGUCGGGGCAAAGUAGCGAUCCCCGUAAACACAGGAUGAUUCAAAAAGAUUCAUCCGAUUUCAAAAUGAUUUAUUUCACUUGUAAAUCAUUACAGAACAAUGCAGUAAAUUGUAAAUGGUUUAGGUGCGCAUCAAGUUUAUUACGUCAUUUGACAAGUAAUAAUAAUAAUAAUGACAAGUGCUCAAUAGGACCUCCUCCAGCAAAUUCAUCCCAUGAGCACGACGGGUGUCACUGUACCCGCGGCUCUUUCAAUGCGAUUUCAGAGAUCAUCCAGUGUUGUUGGGAGUGGUGGCACAUAAACUGAAUCCUUAUCAUGCCCCCACAUAAAAAAAAAA